CGAUUACUAUGAGUCCAUGUGCAGAUUACUCACUAGUCUGUGAUAAGCAAGUCUGGCCCACGAAUGCCAUAUGACGCUAACAGCCCAGAUUCUCAUUCAUGAUUGCUGGGAUUUACUCGACCGUACACUGCACAUUAAAUACGCUUCGGCACAACACCCACCAAACAUGCAUCGGCAUAUUAAGGUCAACUUAUCCGGCAGCAGCCUGGUCGGCCAGUAUUUAUCCGACUCAUAUUACCUGUGGCUUAGACACACAGCCACAGUAAGCGCUUCAGGACAAGGGACCAACCAAUAACGUCACUGCAGACAUCAUGCGGCAAUCAUGGAGUAGAGAAGAAUAUAAGUUCAAGCGAAGUGUCCAUCGCGAUCUCCGCAUUUCAAUCUUGCAUCGACAUAUCCCAAUAUCAGUCAGCUACCUAUCUGUUCACUUGGGUUGGUGACUUUUCGUAUUAGACAUUCUUUCUUGAAUCGAUAAUCGCUUCAAGCUUGCUUUGAUGUCGUUCGCCCCACCUCCUGGGCCUCCUCCCCCUUCUGUUCCAGAGGGCUGGACAACACAGUAUGACGAUAACUAUAAGCAAUGGUUCUUUGUCGAUCUAGCCACAGGGAGAUCUCAAUGGGAGCCACCCCAACCCACCUCCACCCCAGCACCGUCUACCCAAGUGCACACGCCAGUCCCAACCUCAGAACAAGCACAGAGCAGUACUCACACAGACAUACCCGCACCCCCGCCCUCAUACGAGGAAUCUGGACCGGGCAAUCCAUCCGCCGUCGCCAGUGCCGAGGCCACAGAUAAGAAAACUGCCCACAAUUUCCCCUCGAAUAAUCCGUACAACGGCGAGUCUGCUUCCAGCCCCGGAACCCCCGGAACGAGUGGAAGUGGAUCUUACGCCAGAAAGGAUACAGUCGAGAGUGAUGCUGAGCUAGCAGCACGACUCCAAGCGGAAGAAGACGCAAGGGCCGGAUCUGCCGCCCCGGGCGCCGCAGCAGGCUAUUAUAACAAUAAUGACUCCCCGCAUUCUCAAACAUCGACGCCGUCAGCUUCAGCAGGCGGUACAGAUAAGGGCAAGGAGAAAAAGAAGGGCUUUUUCAGUAAGCUUAUGAGCAAGGCUACAUCAGCUUCAGGCCCUCGGCCGGGCUUCGCGCCCCCGCAUCCGCAUUAUCAGCAGCCCGCCGCUUUCGGGCGUCCUCCUCCCGGCAGCUACGGUAUUCCCAGCCCUGGCCCUGGAUAUGGAGGCCCCGGUGGGUAUUACCCGCCGCAGCACGGGUAUGGCCCUCCUGUCGGGUAUGGGCCACAGCCUGGGUACGGGUUUCCUCCACAUGGCUAUCAUGGCGGCGGGAUGCAGCCGCAGCGGCGACACGGUGGCGGUGGCAUGGGUAUGGCUGGUGCGGCGGCGUUGGGGGUAGGUGGUGGGCUUAUUGGAGGUGCGUUGUUGGCCGAUGCCAUUGACGACGAUCAUGACUAUGGCGGCGAUUAUGGCGGGGGGGAUUUUGGAGGUGGAGAUGAUUUCGGCGGUGAUUUUUAA